AUGCGGCGUAAGAUUGCCUUCUCCGAGUCGGAUUUGCGCGAUACUGAUGCUUUUUUGAUGGCUUGUAUAGGUGUCGGACGUGUCGCAAGCGCAAAAUACGCUGCUCCGGUGAACAACCAGGUGAGAGGCAGAUGGCGUUUGACUUUGGUUGCUACAUCGCUAAUUUGUUGCUCAUUAGUAUGCAAGACUUGCUCCGAAUACAACCAUGUCUGCCUAGGAUAUAACGACCCCCUGACCCACGUUCGGACGCAGUCAGACAACGCUCUACCCACUCCCACAAUUUCCUCCCCUAGCGCUACCAACGGAGAGAUGAACUCUCGAGAUACCAAAAGUCAGAGUCCUGACGCAGCGCCACGAUAUGAACAACCUUUGCGAAACGACUUUGGCCCGCCAGCGCAAAUAUCAGAGCCGCCAUCUUCACAAAGUGUGAUACGAGAGAUACCUUUACCAAUAACCAGAGAGCCAGAGCCGCUCGCCGGUGGAGCAAGCCCAGAAAGCAACCGUACCUCUCUCAGCUCCAGUCAUCGUACCCAUGUCCCAUAUUUUCGAUAUUUUGGCCCAACAGCCAUCGUUCCCGGCUUCAAACAGAUGGUGGUUCAAGUUCGCGGUUCUCGUAGAAGUAACCCUUCGCUUUCAUCAGAAUCUCUUUCUCCCCUUCGAAGCCCAAGGUUUGCAAAUAGGGUGGCACCGCAGUUUAAUGCAUUGACCGAUAGCCGUGACUCUCGAGACGCCAAUACUAUUCCAUUCUAUGACCGCGACGAUUCCUUGCCAGUCAGUAAUCUGGUAUUGCAUCUUUGCGACCUGUUUUUCGUGCACCUAGGCUGCAGUUUCCCGUUUUUGCAACGGGACCGGUUCCUCCGAGACCUCAAGGAGAAGAAGAUCGAUACGAUGCUUGUCGACGCAGUGUGUGCCCUAUCAGCACGAUUCUCUCCUCAUCCGUUGUUGAGCCCUCCUCAAGCGCCACCGAUUGAUGGAUCAGAGCCACGCACUGAUAUAAGAAGCUCUGAUCGCGGCCAGCCGUUUGCUCAUAGGGCAAUGAGCGCCUUGGUUGACUCGCUUUCUUGUCCGACACUGUCCGUUGUCCAGGCAUGUCUUUUGCUCGCUUACGAACAAUUUGGGUCAAACCACGAUAGUGGGCUUUGGAUGUACCUCGGGAUUUCUAUUCGAAUGGCCCAAGAUCUAGGGAUGCAGAAGCUCCAGGGCUUGAGGUAUAGCUACGGGCGUAAAGGCGUGACACCAAAAGCAGUCCUAUCUGGGCAAGCGGGCAACCUAGGCGAAGAGAAAUAUGAUCAUUGCGAUGAGCCCGAACUCACUCAACACUCCCAGAAGAAAGAGGACGCCAACGAUCAGCGUGCAUUUGAGCGGGAGAGAGUUGAUGCAUUUUGGAGUAUCUUCUUUCUGGACCGUGUCAUCUCGUCUGGCACUGGCAGACCAGUCACUUUGCGUGAUGAGGAUAUCGAACUGUGCUUUCCCCUCCAGCCGGAGUGUAAACUCCCAAAUGGCUGGCCUGCGCCGUUCCCGCCGUUGAUCCGCAUAAUACACCUCUAUGGGCGUGUAACGGAUUUGAUCAAUGGUAUCCAAGAUGCAAAUUAUGUCACAACAGAGACCCUCGAGAGGCUGGCUGGAAUGGAAAGCGAUCUAACAGGUAUAUACCAGCGGUUAUCACCCAAGCUCCACUUCAAUGCAGCCAAUUUCCAGGCUUACGUGAAAGCAAAGGAAGGAACAAAUUUCAUACUUCUUCAUUUCUGGUUUCAUACUCUCAUAGUCCUUCUUCAUCAGCCCACCCUCCUGAAUUCAUUUGGUGGAUCAAUACAACAUCUCUAUCCAAACAGCAGGGAACUGUCGAUGUCCUCGGCCAAAACCAUAGCAGACAUCCUGUCAUUUUCUGAGCUUGUCGAUGGCAAGAGCUUCAUUGGCAACCCUUUUACGAGCCAACCGAUGUAUAUCGCUGCUUGUGCUUUUCUCAUGGAAAGUGCUUAUUAUUCGUCCCCCUCCUCCAGAUCCGGCUCCCCUCCGUGCCAACCACUCCUUAGCCACCAGUCGAGCGGUUUCGUAUUGCCAAAUACAGAACCGUCGGCAGAUCCGAAGUCGAGUGCUAAGCAUAUACUUCUCGCUUCGGCAGCCAGGGAGAAUUAUCAGCGUUGCUACAAAGCUCUAAAGGCACUUGAGACCUAUUGGGAAGGGACAAAGUAUAUCCUCACGGUUCUUGAUCAGAAGGCCAAGGGCAUUGUUGAUCCAUUAUUGUAUACUGAGGAGGAGAUGGAAAGCGCGGCCGAGUUAUCUCCAAUUCCGCCCCCCACAGCGCCAAGUUGGCGACCAGCCAAGGCAUCACUAGACGCUGCGAUUGAGUCAGAAAAACCGGCAGUUGUCGAAAACCCUUCCGAUGGGGAACGGGGAAUGGACCCUGGUCAAGCUAUUGGAUGGGCUCUGACGGGAGCUACCAACUCCUCACAACCCAAUCUUAGCCUCUUGUACCAAAUGCCAGCUUCGCAGACAGACACAGAGCAGGCCAGACCCACAAAUUCGUCCCAGUAUAGCCACAGCUACGCUAAUCUGCCUGCGUCAUUCAAAGCCGAGCAAGAGUCGAGCCCGUAUCUGAAUACGGUCGGAUUGACGAGAGCUGCAGACGGGACACGUCCCUCGUCUAUCGGGUCUGCGAAAUACGCCCCUCUCGGUUCUUCCGGUCGAGUCGCUGCUUCCGAUGCCAAUCUCUUGCUAGGCCUCAACACGCCAUAUACUACUCCCGCUGAUCGAAUGUCGAAUUCUCAGUCAACCUACACUCACAGCCUGACUUCUUUGUCCUCAGCACAGCUACAACCUCAGGCAUCGCCGUAUGGUUACCAAAUGGCCCCCGCAGCAAAUGAACGACAAGCAGGUAGCAACCAUGUGAACUCGAAUUCGGCCCAUCUGCACCCUAGUAUAGAUGGAGACCUUGGCGGCAUGCUAAUAGAGAGCCAAGAUAUUGACAUGACUACUCUCCAACAACAAGAUCACUUUCCGUUUCCUUUUAGUGGUGAGAUCCUACCCUGGCUGGAAUAUCUCCCUCAAGACGUCCUCAAUUACUUUGGGGAGCACCAGAGCUACCCCCAUUUGAUGAGCCCGGGUAGCCAUCCUUCUCGGCCCCCGCAAUAA